CGAGCUAGAAUGAAGUCGGUUCCAAACCAGGACACCCAGUCUGGAGCAGCAUGCAACUUCGUGGGAUUAUAUAAACUCCUGCGUGUUUAAGGGAGGUGGAGACAAGUCACCCCCCUCCUCGACUGAGCUCACCAACUACUGCAGUUGCGUAGGGGAGACACCGCAAGCUCCCCCAAAGCGAUGGAAACGGAGGCCCGCGAUGGCUACUGUGCAAGUAACGGCCAAUGCUCUCCCAGGAAGGAGAACUCGAGAACGCUGGCGGACGUGUCGACACCCAACGGACAGACGGCGCCUCAGGGUCCUAACUCCCCCGGUGAACCCACAAUUAAGCAGGAGGACGAAACAGCAGAGGAGGCUGAAAACAGAAGCGCAGGACCGGAGGAAAUGGGCCAGAGCGGCGAGGAAGGCCUGGGACCGGAGGAACCCAUGACCGACAGCCCAAACAACCUGCAGGACGGCUUAUCCGGGCCAGAGGUGGCAGCCGAGGCCGGGAGUCGACAGCCAAACGGUGACAGGCCUUUCCAGUGCAGCCAGUGCGGCGUCUCGUUCACCCAGAAGGGAAACCUGCUGCGGCACAUCAAGCUGCACACGGGCGAGAAACCCUUCAAGUGUCCCUUCUGCAACUACGCGUGCCGACGCCGCGACGCCCUCACCGGCCACUUGCGCACUCAUGCAGUUGGCAAACCACACAAGUGCAACUACUGCGGGCGGAGCUACAAGCAGCGCACGUCAUUGGAGGAGCACAAAGAGCGCUGCCACAGUUACCUGCAGAGUAUUGGCAUGGAUCCAGCCACCAACAGCGGCCCUUACCCAGGUGAGGUGCCUAAAGAGCCGAGGAGCAUGGCGGAGCCCAGCAACAUGCCCACCUUCGACCGGCCGCCCGUCAUAGAGAGGCUGCAGAGCAACGUCGGCAAGAGGAAGAGCACCACCCCUCAGAAGUUUGUGGGUGAGAAGGUGGUACGCUACGGCUACCCUGAGGUGAACUACGACAUGGGCCUCAAGUACGAGAAGGAGGCUGAGCUGAUGCAGGCCCACAUGAUGGACCAGGCUAUCAACAACGCCAUCACUUACCUGGGAUCGGACAGUCUCCGGCCCAUUAUCCACCAUCCGGGCCCUCCUAUGUCCAUGGCUGAGGUGGUGCCCAUGGUCAACCCCCUCUUCCAGCACGUCUUUCCCAUGGGCCAACGAAUGGACCGUCCAGGAAGCCGUGACGUCCACUUGCCACAGCCGCUGCAGCCGCCGAUGCCCCCUGACUUCCCCGGCCACCCCACCUCCAACGGGCCCACUGUCCUGGCGAGGCAUAGCAAGCAGCAUCCCCAGCCGGGCCGAGACAGAUCUCCCAGUAACAGCGGAGCGGACUCGGCUGACUCGGCUCGCAGCAGCCCCCAGGAGAGGCUGGGUUAUCACGGGAGCAACACCCUUCCCUGUCCUAGGUCGCAAGCCAGCCCGGCAAUGGCCUGCUCCAGCGACCGGGCGGCUGAGGCGCCACCCGGCAGCAGGGCCUCGGCCGCGGCGGCGGCCAUGCGAGGGGCUACGGAGAGGCCCGCGAGCCAGGAUGGGGUGCGGGUGUUGGGACGGGAGGGCCGGGAGCUGCGGGCCUUCCAGUGCGACCACUGUCAGGUACUCUUCUUGGACCACGUCAUGUACACCAUCCACAUGGGGUGCCAUGGUUACAGAGAUCCACUGGAGUGCAACAUCUGUGGUCACCGCAGCAAAGACCGCUAUGAGUUCUCCUCUCACAUAGUCCGUGGUGAACACACCUUCCAGUGAGAGAGGACGGCUAGGAGGAGAGAGAGGACGUCCGAGAAGGCUAGAGCCGCCAUACUCCUGAAUCCAUCCACACCCCGGACCUCCGAGACUACAUGGUUGAAUGGUUGGAACAGCAAAAGACAAGUGUAGCACAAUCACUGACUUCUUUUUAAGCUAACUGUUGUGAUUCUGAACAAUUAUAUGAAGGUAUGGGCCAAAGACACAUUUUCUACAAUUUUACUUCAGAUGUUGUGGAAAGGAAGGAAGUUUUUUUUUUUUUUUUUUUUCUUUUAUCGCAUAACCGAGCAGCUAUCAGACUCCAUUUUAGUCUUAUCUGAAAGUAUCUCCUCCUCCUUGUCCCCAAACUAUGCUUUCGAAGGGAAUGAACAAAUAUGUCCACUCUUGGUUCAUGGGUUAUCAAAGCACAAGAACAUAUGUAAAGCACAUAGGCCCACUGCAUUAGAUUAAAUCAAAUUUAUUUUUCACUUGCACCAGAUAGAUUCAUUUACACUGGUAGCAGAGUUUAAGUAUAUGAAGUAUUCUAAUAUAUUAUGAAUAACUAAUUGCAAAUUUAUGUAUUGCGUGUCAGAUUUAUUCCUUUGAGGCAGACUUGAUCUUUGUUUGAUGUAUCGAGUGUAUUGACCCCUUUUUAAAUACUUUCACAAUCGAUAAGGAUGUGGUCUGCCCUGCUGCUGGUGCAAAACUGGCCCAGUAGCAGAGGAUCUUUGCACAGGAUCCAUGCAGUUCAGUCUAACAAAACUUGAUUUCACAGUCCACUUUAUGUUGCUUUCCCCACGAACGGCACUCUUGUUUUACACUCGGUGAUUUGGUCGCCACCUUUAGCCGCUUCACUCUGCAAGAAACCUGCUUGAUUGGUUGUUUUAUUGGUUGUUGUGGACAGUGCGAGCAUCUCCGACUGCAUCUUCAAACAGGCAAGUUAUUUUUCACUGCUGUGGAAUUGCGUUUCAUGAUAGUAUAAUCAAGUCCUAACUUGG